AAAUGCGGCUGAAAGCCUCUCCCCGUCCGGCGGUGCUUGGUGCUGAGCGUCAACAUGGCGGAUCCGAGGGAGAAAGCGCUUCAGGAUUACAGGAAAAAAUUAUUGGAGCACAAAGAGAUCGACGGCCGCCUGAAAGAGCUAAGAGAACAGCUGAAAGAACUAACCAAGCAGUAUGAAAAGUCUGAAAAUGAUCUCAAAGCUCUUCAGAGUGUGGGACAGAUUGUCGGUGAAGUGCUGAAACAGCUUACAGAAGAAAAAUUUAUUGUGAAGGCGACAAAUGGACCACGAUACGUUGUUGGCUGUCGUCGGCAGCUUGAAAAAAGCAAGUUGAAACCUGGUACAAGAGUUGCCCUGGAUAUGACAACUCUGACUAUAAUGAGGUAUUUGCCAAGAGAGGUGGACCCUUUGGUGUAUAAUAUGUCUCAUGAAGAUCCAGGAAAUGUUACUUACUCUGAAAUUGGUGGAUUAGCUGAACAAAUUAGGGAAUUACGAGAGGUUAUUGAGUUACCACUUACAAACCCAGAAUUGUUUCAACGUGUGGGAAUUAUUCCACCAAAAGGUUGCUUACUCUAUGGACCACCAGGUACAGGAAAAACACUCUUAGCAAGGGCUGUUGCUAGUCAGUUAGACUGCAACUUCUUAAAGGUUGUUUCCAGCUCCAUUGUUGAUAAAUACAUUGGUGAAAGUGCUCGUUUAAUCAGAGAGAUGUUCAACUAUGCCAGGGAUCAUCAACCAUGUAUUAUUUUUAUGGACGAGAUUGAUGCUAUUGGUGGUCGCCGUUUCUCUGAAGGCACCUCAGCUGAUCGAGAGAUUCAGAGAACUCUUAUGGAGUUAUUGAAUCAAAUGGAUGGCUUUGAUACUCUUCAUCGAGUUAAAAUGAUAAUGGCUACAAACAGACCAGAUACAUUGGAUCCUGCUUUGUUGCGUCCUGGCAGACUUGAUAGGAAGAUUCAUAUCGAGCUUCCAAAUGAGCAAGCAAGACUGGAUAUUCUGAAGAUCCAUGCUGGUCCCAUCACAAAGCAUGGGGAAAUAGAUUAUGAAGCGGUUGUCAAGCUGUCAGAUGGAUUUAAUGGUGCAGAUUUGAGAAAUGUUUGCACUGAAGCAGGUAUGUUUGCAAUCCGUGCUGAUCGUGACUAUGUUAUCCAAGAGGACUUUAUGAAGGCUGUUCGCAAAGUUGCUGACUCGAAGAAGCUAGAAUCCAAGCUUGACUAUAAACCUGUAUAAAAUAAUCCACCUUUUUAAUCUUAAUUGUACAGUUUAAAAGGGUUUAAAAGCAUACAAACCUUAAAAGGGAGAGGAAUAUGUUGGUGGCUCUAUACUGUAAUUCAUUACAAGUGUAUGUUAAUAUGCUGCAGACUGUAGGUGACCACUAACUUUCAUGUUCUGCUGCAUUAUAUACGUACUGACUUUUUCUAAGGCCACGGUUUGGCUGCUAGAAAAAAUAUUCUGUUGAAAAUAAUUUUAAAAAGCAAAUGUUAGCACGGAGACAGGUCUGUCUUAACAGUGUAAUGCAUUCUCUUGUAUACAAAUGACACUUAAAGCCUUUGUGGUGUGACGGUCAAAAUACAGAUUUAUAGGUUUUUGAUGAAUUUGAUUCAUUUUCCCCAGGCCUCAAUAAAAUUUAAAUUUACAAGAA